AUGGCGUUGCUUCAGUUCAUCAGCACCGGUCUCCCGAAGGUGCAAAUACCGACCACCAUCCAUAGCGAUCAUCUCAUCGUGGCUGAAUAUGGAGCCAAGGAGGAUAUGCAGCGGGCAAAAUCCGAUCACAAGGAGGUGUAUGCCUUCCUGAGCAGCGCGGCGCGGAAGUACGGCAUCGGCUACUGGAAGGCAGGAGCCGGGAUUAUCCACACCACCAUCUUCGAGAACUACGCGGUCCCGGGCGGGCUCAUCAUCGGAACGGACUCACACACCCCGAAUGCCGGCGGCAUGGGAAUGAUGGGAAUUGGGUCGCGCGGGGCGCGCUGGUGUAUCGUGGGCGACGCCAACUACGGCGAGGGCAGCUCGCGCGAGCACGCGGCGCUCGAGCCGCGGUUCCUGGGGUGCAAGGCCGUCAUCGCGCGGGGGUUCGCGCGUAUUCAUGAGACGAACCUCAAGAAGCAGGGGUUGCUGGCGCUUACGUUCGCGGAUGCCGCUGACUAUGAUAGGAUCAGGGAAGGGGACUCGAUAUCCCUUCCCGGCAUCGAGGAUGGGGAGAUGCAGGUCGAUGUGCCGAUUAUGAUGAUUGUGCGGUCUAUGGACGGGAGCGAGUGGAGUGCUGAGUUGAGGCAUUCGUAUCAAGCGAGGCAGAUUGAGUGGCUUAGGGCGGGGAGUGCUUUGAAGUAUAUCAAAGCCAAUGCUUUGGCGAAAGACGAGUGA